ACUAACCCCCUCCUUAGGCCACAACUGCAGCUGCUGGCUCCACCCAGCCCUGGAAACCUCUUUCUGACGUCAGGUUACACCCUUAACUUUCACCUGUACUCUAAAGAAGGGGCCUCGUUUGCUGUUGCAUUAUGGGAACUGUAGUGAGGUUCUGCGUGUUCUUUUCCACGCAUGUUUAUGGGGUGGUGGUUUAUUCUGAAACGCUGCUGUUUCUCUAGGGAUCCUGGAUGGCAGACGUGUGACUCAGUGUAAUGAUGUGAUCAGAGAAACAUGGGCUCUCUGCUGUCUGCGUGUGGAAUUAACGCCAAGAAAAAAAAAGUAGAAGAGGAGAGGCAUUUGCGAGCUAAUGACAGGGAAUUCAACCUGUCGUUUAAUUAUGCUAACAAUGCCAUCAAGACCUCCAAGUACAACGUGUUCACCUUCCUCCCUCUCAAUCUGUUUGAGCAGUUUCAAAGACUGGCCAAUGCCUACUUUGUCUUUCUUCUCAUCUUACAGCUGAUUCCUCAGAUCUCGUCUCUGUCCUGGUUCACGACUGUAGUUCCACUUCUGCUGGUGCUGUCUAUAACUCUAGCCAAAGAUCUCUCUGAUGACAUUACCAGACACAAGAAUGACAAACAUGUGAACAACAGAAAAAUAGAAGUGCUCAUUAAUGGAGAGUUGAAGAGUGAAAAAUGGAUGAACGUUCAAGUGGGUGACAUUGUCAAGCUGGAAAACAAUGAGUUUGUCACAGCAGAUUUGUUGUUACUCUCUAGUAGUGAACCUCUCAACCUCAUCUAUAUUGAGACGGCUGAGUUGGACGGGGAGACCAACCUGAAGGUGAAACAGGCUCUGACAAUCACAGGAGAUUUGGGCAAUGACAUCCAGAAACUUGCAGCAUUCAAUGGUGAGGUGCGCUGUGAGCCUCCAAACAACCGUCUGGAUAAGUUCACAGGAACUCUGACGGUGGGAGGAGAGACAUUUGCUCUGGAUAACGAGAGGAUCCUGCUCAGAGGAUGUACCCUCAGAAACACUGAGUGGUGCUUCGGCCUGGUGGUGUUUGGAGGUCCUGACACAAAACUCAUGCAGAACUCUGGCAAAUCCAUUUUCAAGAGAACCAGCAUUGAUCAUCUCAUGAAUUUCCUGGUGAUGUUUAUUUUUGGUUUUCUGGCCUUCAUGUGCACCAUCUUGUCCAUCGGGAAUGCCAUUUGGGAAUACCAAGAAGGGAAUUCCUUCAUUACUUUCCUCCCCAGAGCUGAUGAGGCGAAUGCAGCUCUCUCAGCAUUUCUCACCUUCUGGUCCUACGUCAUCAUCCUCAACACUGUGGUUCCCAUCUCUCUCUAUGUCAGUGUUGAGAUCCUUCGUCUGGGGAACAGUUAUUUCAUUGACUGGGACCGUAAAAUGUACCACGUCAAGAGUGACACACCAGCCCAGGCCAGGACGACUACUCUCAAUGAGGAGCUGGGUCAGAUCAAAUAUAUCUUCUCUGAUAAGACGGGAACUUUAACCCAGAACAUCAUGACCUUCAACAGGUGCUCCAUCAAUGGAAAAUCAUAUGGUGAGGUUGUGGACUUUGCCGGGCAGAGAGUUGAAGUCACUGAGAAGACAGAGAAAGUUGAUUUCUCCUGGAACUCUCUUGCCGACCCAAAGUUCUGUUUCCAUGACCACAAGCUGGUGGAAGCAGUAAAGUCAGGCUCUCCAGAGGUCCGGGCCUUCUUCCGCCUGCUGGCACUCUGCCACACUGUCAUGCCUGAGGAAAAAACAGAAGGAGAGCUAUUUUACCAGGCUCAGUCUCCAGACGAGGGGGCUCUGGUCACCGCAGCAAGGAAUUUCGGCUUCGUAUUUCGUUCUCGUACCCCAGAGACAAUCUCUCUGGUGGAGAUGGGAGUGCCCACCACCUACGAGCUACUAGCUGUGCUGGACUUCAACAACGUCCGCAAGAGGAUGUCUGUUAUUGUUCGUAGUCCAGAGGGCAAGCUGACACUGUACUGUAAGGGAGCCGACACAAUUAUCUACGAGAGGCUGCAUCCAUCAUCCUCCAAACGCAUUGAGGUCACCACAGAACAUCUUAACGAAUAUGCUGGAGAGGGUCUGAGGACAUUGGCUUUGGCCUAUAAAGACUUAGAUGAGGACGAGUUUGAGAAAUGGAAAGAGCGCCACCAUGAGGCCAGCAUUGCACUGGAGGACCGUGAGGCAAAACUGGACACAAUUUAUGAAGAGAUUGAGAAAGAUUUACUGCUCCUUGGUGCUUCUGCAGUUGAGGAUAAACUUCAAGAUGGCGUGCCUCAGACCAUUGAGCAACUCGCCAAAGCUGACAUCAAAAUUUGGGUGUUAACUGGAGACAAACAGGAGACGGCUGAGAACAUUGGUUAUUCUUGUAAUAUGCUGCGAGAGGAAAUGAAAGAGAUCUUCAUAAUGGCUGCCAACACAGCAGAGGAAGUGCGAGAGGAGCUUGUGAAUGCCAGGAAAAAGAUGUCACCAGAAUCAGGGGAUGAGCCUCCUAUUGAAAAGAGCAGAUUUCUGGGUAAAAAAUCUCAGGUGGUGGAAGACGAGAAGGUUGAUGGAGAGUACGGACUGGUAAUUAACGGCCACAGUCUGGCAUUUGCUCUGCAGAAGGACAUGCAGUUAGAGCUCUUGAGGACCGCAUGUAUGUGCCAAACGGUCAUCUGUUGCAGAGUCACCCCUCUCCAGAAAGCUCAAGUGGUGGCACUUGUCAAGAAGCACAAGAAAGCUGUGACUUUAGCUAUUGGAGAUGGAGCCAAUGACGUCAGCAUGAUCAAAACUGCACAUAUCGGCGUUGGCAUUAGUGGGCAGGAGGGCAUGCAGGCGGUUCUCUCCAGUGACUUCUCCUUCGCUCAGUUCCGUUACCUCCAGCGCCUCCUGUUGGUCCAUGGCCGCUGGUCCUAUCUGCGCAUGUGUAAGUUCCUGCGCUAUUUCUUCUAUAAGAACUUCACCUUCACCUUCGUCCACUUCUGGUACGGCUUCUUCUGCGGUUUCUCUGCACAGACUGUGUAUGAUGAGUGGUUCAUUACGCUCUACAACCUGGUGUAUACGGCUUUACCUGUUAUUGGCCUCAGUCUCUUUGAUCAGGAUGUAAAUGACCGCUGGAGUUUCCAGUACCCCCAGCUGUACGCUCCGGGUCAGCUGAACCAGUAUUUCAGUAAGAUGGCCUUUGCAAGGAUCCUUCUGCACAGCUGCUAUAGCUCACUCAUCCUCUUCUUCGUCCCUUGGGCAGCCAUGUGCGACACCAUCAGAGAUGAUGGCAAAGACCUUGCAGAUUAUCAGUCCUUUGCCCUGCUAGCGCAGACUUGCCUGCUCAUUUCCGUCAGCGUGCAGAUGGGUUUGGACACAUACUAUUGGACAGCAGUGAAUCAGUUCUUCCUGUGGGGUAGUCUGUCAGUGUAUUUUGCUGUCACCUUCACCAUGUACAGCAACGGCAUGUACUUGAUCUUCACGUCGUCUUUUCCUUUCAUUGGCACUGCAAGAAACUCACUGAACCAGCCGAACGUGUGGCUGACCAUCUUCCUGACCACCAUAUUGUGCGUAUUACCUGUGGUGGCAAAACGGUUCCUCUUCAUCCAACUCAAGCCCACUAUCAAUGACAAGGUGCGUCAUAAGGUCAGACAGGCCAAAGCUGUGCCUCCGCCACUUCCUCGCAAAUUCCCUCGACGACGAAUCAGUACGCGGCGAUCUGGUUACGCCUUUUCUCAUGCUCGCGGUUAUGGAGACCUUGUCACCUCUGGACGUUUCCUGCGUAUUCCAGUUAAGAGCAGACCAGCUCUUUUCCCUCACACUGACACGCCGGUGUCUGACAGCACACCUCAGACUUAUCGAACCAUCUUCGAGGAGGCUCAGAGUCCCUAAAGCUUCUUAUUCUGUUGUAUAUGUACUUGUGAUGACUUGCCGUGCAGCUUGAUUUCACCUUCAGCAUUGGUAAUAUUUAAAUAAUAAAGAAGAGAGAUUCUUGGAGGGGCUUAAAAAUAUUUCACAUAUGAGUAAGAGAGAUUGUGAAGUGAGGCUGUGAAGCUCUGAAUCAAUAAGAAGCUGGUUUUAGCUGUGAUUAGUGGCUGAAAAUCAUGUUAUAAAACUUGAGAGAGGUUUCUUAAUGUGGUAUUAACAGCACCAAUGCACACAUUAACACUUGACAAUAAAAUCACUCAUGUGGUUUCUCGUGUAUUAAAACCAGAGGACAUAAUAAAUGUAUUUUUUUUUUAAUUUUAGGACAUUAAACGUUCAUCUCGCCGUUAGUCUGUCCACAUAAAAAGAGGCCUAGAGAUUAUUCAAGAAGAGCUUCAUACAAGCAGAUUUCAUGUGCUUUUAAUUGUGUAUGACAGUUUCAUAGAUGUUUUGUAUGUUUCUUUUAUUAUGUUUUUUUUUUAUCAAUGAAUACUUGAAAUGGUCACCAAAAUGCUUUGAUUUGACAUACUUUAUCAUGUUUUGUACAAAGAUGCAAAUGUGCCUCGAUUAGUGAUAAAUACAAUAAAAUAAUAAAAUACAAAACCUUAAAAAC